CCGACGUCAGUACUCAGUAGUAGUGUAGUUAGUCAGCAGAGAUCAGGAUUAGUUGUGCAAUUGUUCGUAGUUUCUGGUUGAAAUUGAUAAGAAGUGUGUGUUGCCACAUCGACAAGAAUUCAUUUCGUUUGUUGAUUGUUAGAUCUGAGGUAGAAGAGCCAUGUCUUCAGAAGAGAAAGAAUUGAAAGGGGGACAUCCUCCUGCAGUGAAAGUUGGAAAGAUGAGGAUCAGUCAGUGCCACUCUGGACCUAGAGAACCUUGCAAUGUUGUUCCUGAUGAUGAAAACAAUGCUGCUCUGAAAGUUUCUACCAGUCCACCGAAGACAAUGACGGUGUCAGGAGCCCCAGUAAGAGGUCAUGCGGACUUUCCCGUGGAAGCUGUUCAGUCGUUCCAUGAGAAGCCAUUGCCUACUCACGACCCGCGUCCUGCGCACUGCAACAAGCCGCAGAACAUCCAACAGCCAAGGAGGCAAUAGACGCCUCAGAGGUCAGCGCUCAGUUUAAACGGCCAGAGAAAACACUCAGAUUACUUUUCAAUGUUUAUAGCUUAAUAUGAAAAUUUUAACAGCCUUACAGUGAUAGGUUUUUUAUCCAACACAUUUAAAGAAAAUUUCACCAAAAUCUUUUUCUUGCAUAAGAAUGCUUUAACUAUUUUUGGAUUUCUUAACAAAUAUUUCGAAUUUGUCAUAUCACGACUAUGUAUGUAAAUAUGUACAUAGCUAAGUACUUAGAGCUAACUAACACACAUUGAAAUAAAAUGUGCUUGAGGGAAAACACAGAGUAAAUAUAAAGACUGAUGUUAUUGGGUUGUAGAGUUUAUACAUGUUGUUAGUUCGGAUCUGUUGGAAAAUAAUUUCUAAUAUCCCCCAGACUUUCAGUAAUAAUUUGACCUACAUAAAAACAUAAUUACAAGUUCUAAAUUAUCCAUUCUUUUUUUAAUAAAUGUAUCCAUCUGUACUAAUGUUAAAAUAUCAAUAUCAUAUACCGUAGAAGAAUUUUACUUAAAAAUUUAUUUAAUAUCUAAUUCGGUGUUGGAAUAUUUUUUGUGGUAACAAAAAUCCAUCUUACGAGGUCAAAAUACUUGAUAAUUUCAGGUUUGUGCACUAUUAAUUUUACUAUACCAAAAUCACCAUAUAUUGUUCUAAAUUACUGCUUAGUACUUUAAUGUACGGUACUAAUUUCAGUGUAUUUUUGUCACCUACUUGACGUAAAUGGACAAGGAUUUAAUAUAUAAUAUUAUGGUUGUUUAAGUGUUUUCAAUUUAAAAAAGAAUCCACUUUUUAUCUGUUUAGGCUAUCUACAGAAGACUGAGUUUUUGCAUUUUAAUAAAUUCAUUUUUUAUCAUUCCUGCAGAUAUAGACUUACUGUACAUUCCAUUUUUAAUGGAUUCAACAAAAUAACUUCCACAAAAACCACUUUUUAAUAGGUAUGACUAGUAGUACUAAUGGCCAACUUAUUCCUUUUACAUAUUGAAAUUAUUGUUUAAUAUUUCUUUUAGUUUAUAAGAGAUGACCUUUGUUUUUUUUAAGAAUAGUUUUUUGUCCUUUUAACUAGGCUUCUUUACAGAAAAUUUGUUUUCUUUUUUAUUAGAUUGCUAAGGUAAAAUGGUUCAAUGUUAUUUUUGGUUUUACAUCUAUAAUAAUAUAGAUUUGGGGGUUGACAUAUAUUUAUAUAUUUGUUAAUAAACAAUGAUAUGAGAU